AUGCUCCUCCACCACGUGUACACGACGCUGGCGGCCCUCGCGGUCCUGCCCACCGGCCUCCUGGCCUGGGACUGGGAGCCGAUCGACGAGCGAGACUACAGCGCGAAGCAGGUCGUCCAGAAGCUCGGGCUCGUGCCCAACCCCGAAAAGGGCUACUUCAUCCAGACGUUCGAGGACCCCGUGCGGGUGGACAACCGCACCAUCAGCACCCUCAUCUACUACCUGCUCGAGGGCGACGCGGGCGAGUCCGUCUGGCACAAGCUCGACGCGUACGAGGUGUGGCACUACUACGCCGGCGCGCCGCUGACGCUCUCGCUGUCGUGGAACAACGGCACCGCGUGCGAGAGGCACGUCCUCGGGCCCAACGUCUUCAACAAGAGGGUCGAGGAGAGGCCGCAGGUUGUCGUGCCCAAGGACAUGUGGCAGAGCGCCCGCUCCCACGGCGACUGGACGCUGGUCGGGACCACGAUGGCGCCGGGAUUUUCGCCAGACGGAACAAUUCUGGAGAAGCCGGACUUUGUGCCAAAGGGUUGCUGUAAGCAAAAGAAGCGCAAGCGCUCUGCUAAGUCAAUCCGUGGUGGACGGUAA